AUGGGUGUUCGUGGUUUAACUUCGUACGUGAAUAGCAAUCAAGACGUACUUAUGAAAAGUUUUUAUUUACACAACACAAAUCUCAUUAUUGACGGUUACAGUUUAUGCGCUCAAAUAAACAUAUCAAUGUGUGGCUAUCCAGCAUUUGGUGGUAAUUACGAUGUAUUCGCCUCGUCUACAAGAACUUUCUUCAAAAACUUAAGAAAAUGCAAUGUUACUCCACAUGUUGUAUUUGAUGGCUGUCACGAGCCAAAAAAAUUGAAGACAGUGUUUAGACGUUUACUAUAUAAAUUAAAACAAGCAGCUCAAGUGCAUCCUGCGACGCAGAAUUAUAAAAAAAUUGUUCCUUUUUUACUAAGAGAUGUCUUCAGAAAAGUUAUAAGUGAUAUGGAAAUAAAUUACACAAUAUGUACGUUUGAGGCCGAUAAAAAUAUAGCAUCAUUAGCAAGACAUAUGAACUGUCCAGUGUUGAGCUACGACUCUGAUUUUUUUAUAUACAAUGUAAUGUAUAUACCCUUGUAUACAUUACAAUUUAAUCCAAAAUCAUUAGACGAAAACGUUAUGGAAGUGUUAGCUAUGGAAUGCAAAAUUUAUAAAGUACAAUAUUUAUGUGAUCACUUUAGAGGUCUUGAUGAAAAGAGUCUACCCAUACUUGCAACACUUUUGGGUAACGAUUAUUGUAGUAAUAAAAUUUUUUAUAACUUCCUUUUUCAUCUGAAAUUUUGCGAAAGAGAAGAAAGGAAAAGUGAAGGACAAAGACUUAUACCCACUUUGUUUAAUUGGUUACAAAAUGAAACACUAGAUUCGGCUAUUGUAAAGAUUUUAGGAAGGUUUUCAAAAGAUCAAAGCCGUGAAGUUUUUGCUAUGAUUAAAAAUAAUUAUGAACAGUAUAAUUAUGAUGUUCAGGCAUUAAAGCAUUUUGAUAUAAUGGAAUGUGAGACUCUUUCUGAAACAAGUACUAUGGAGAUGGAAAUUGUAAGCAAUGGUACUGAUUUUUUAGAUUAUUUUGAUUAUGAUGAGGAAUGGUUAUGGCAGGAUGAUGAAGCUAUUACUUUUCACAAGUUUGAAUCAAUUCCUGAUUGGUUUGCAGAGAAAAUUAGUUGUGAGAAAAUACCCCCAGUUUAUCUAAAUCUUUAUGCUCAUCAUUUACAAAUUUGUAAUCCACAGGCAGAGGAUUUUACAGAAAGAGACAGUUUCCUAUGCUCUUUAUCCUUAGUUAGGUUGGCAUUUGAUAUUCUAACUGAUUUCUCUUAUGACUACUGUUUCUACAUUUCCAGAGUAGAAGAGGGAUUUAAAGGAAUAAAAAUAAGUAAACAACAUUCAAUUCCGAGACCAUUUGAUGUAUGUUUUGAAGAAAUGAAUGAUGAACAAUUGAAAUUAUGCUUUAAAUAUUUUUUACACUUUAAACUUUCAAAUUUAGACUUGUCAUUUAUAGAGAUGCUACCAUCAAAUUUUCAGCUCUUUAUGAUAUCUUUGCUUUGGUGGAUAUCUUCCUGCAGUGUUCCCGAAGCACAUAUUCACUCUUUGAUUAUGUCAUACAUAACAUUAGAGGUCAUUGAUGAAAAGACUGAAACAGCUCGGGACCAUUACCUUUUCAACAACAGACAUGCUAAGAAACUAGAGGAAAUUAGAAAGAACAAAAUUUCAUAUGAAGCUGUAGAAGAUGAACUAUUUCUUGAUAAAAAUAAAGUGCAAUAUGAUGACUGCCUUAUUGCUGCAACCUUAAAGUUGCAAGAUUAUCCAGAUCCUUUAAGUUUUUUUGAUGAUUACAUAAAAGGUGCUACAACAGUGUUACUGUUUUAUAAAAGUAUUUAUUCUGUUUAUAAGAAGUUGACAACAAAAAUGCAUCUGUCAACAGUGCAAUGGUCUAAAAUGAAGAGAAAAACCAGGUGGGACUAG